CGCUCACUCCCGUCGAAACAAGAAACAAGAACCCGAUACUCUCUCUCUCUCUCUCUCUCUCUAUUUUUCCUUCUUCAACGCUUCUCAACUAUUCAUUCACCACCCCACACCAACACUAUCACCUCAUGAUCACACGUACUCUUAUAAAUAAUAACGCGUCUUCGUUCGUUCCAUCUCACGCUCCCCAUGAAGACUCGUCACAACAAGUCAACAACACCACCUAAUAUAAAUAACAAAGCCAAAAGCCACCCUUGAUAUCAUCAUAACUCCACACACUCUUCAGUUUCUUUCUGAUCAUCACAACACAAUGGCCAAUUGGGCUACCCUAAUUCAAAACUGUGUUUCCAAGAAACCAAACCACCAACUCACAAGACUCUACCUUCUCUCCUUCACAACUUUUCUCUGCACCAUCUUCUACCUCCUCGGCCUCUGGCACCACGCGCCGCCCUCCCUCCCCGCCGCCGCAAUCACCACCAUCACCACCACCCACCCCAAUUGCCUAAAUUCAAACCCCACACUCAACUUCUCCGCCACCCACUUCCCCCCCGACCCCGACGCGUCGCGUGACUUCCACGCGCCGCCCUGCGCCGCCUCCCUCUCGGAGUACACCCCCUGCGAGGACGUGCAACGCUCCCUGAAGUUCCCGCGCGAGAACCUCAUCUACCGGGAGCGGCACUGCCCGACGGAGGAGGAAUUGCUCCGGUGCAGGGUUCCGGCACCUUUCGGGUACCGCGUGCCGCUGCGAUGGCCGGAGAGCCGCGACGCUGCGUGGUUCGCGAACGUGCCUCACAAGGAGCUGACCGUGGAGAAGAAGAACCAGAAUUGGGUCCGGUUCGAAGGGAACCGGUUCAGGUUCCCCGGCGGUGGGACCAUGUUUCCACGUGGCGCCGACGCGUACAUCGACGACAUCGGAAAACUCAUUGACCUUAAAGAUGGGUCCAUCAGAACCGCCCUAGACACUGGCUGUGGGGUUGCAAGUUGGGGUGCCUAUCUUCUGUCACGUGACAUAUUAGCAGUGUCAUUUGCACCAAGAGAUACACAUGAAGCUCAAGUUCAAUUUGCUCUUGAACGAGGAGUUCCUGCAUUGAUUGGAGUUCUUGCCUCAAUUAGGCUUCCUUACCCAUCAAGAUCCUUUGACAUGGCCCAUUGCUCACGUUGCCUCAUUCCCUGGGGUCAGAAUGAGGGGAUUUAUUUGAAUGAAGUUGAUCGAGUUCUACGUCCAGGUGGGUAUUGGAUUCUAUCAGGGCCACCCAUAAACUGGGAGAAUCACUGGAAUGGUUGGAAGAGGACUCGUGAGAGUCUCAAAGAGGAACAGGAUGGAAUUGAGAAAGUGGCAAAAAGCUUAUGCUGGAAAAAGUUGGUGCAAAAGGGUGACCUUGCAAUAUGGCAGAAGCCCACCAAUCAUAUUCACUGCAAAAUCACGCGAAAGGUCUACAAGAAUAGACCCUUCUGUGAGGCAAAGGAUCCCGAUACAGCAUGGUACACUAAAAUGGAUAUCUGCUUGACACCACUGCCAGAGGUGAAUGACAUCAGAGAAGUUAGUGGCGGCGAAUUGCCAAAGUGGCCCCAGAGACUAAAAUCAGUUCCACCAAGGAUUAGUAGUGGAAGUUUGAAGGGAAUUACAGGUAAGAUGUUUAAAGAAAACAAUGAGUUAUGGAAGAAGAGAGUAGCAUACUACAAGACCCUGGACUAUCAGCUAGCAGAGCGUGGGAGAUACCGUAAUCUGCUUGAUAUGAAUGCUUACUUGGGAGGCUUUGCAGCUGCACUGAUUGAUGAUCCUGUGUGGGUGAUGAACACUGUUCCUGUUGAGGCUGAGGUCAACACACUUGGUGCCAUAUAUGAACGUGGAUUGAUUGGAACCUAUAUGAAUUGGUGUGAAGCCAUGUCCACUUACCCUCGAACUUAUGACUUCAUACAUGGUGACUCAGUUUUUAGCCUCUACCAGAACAGGUGUAAAAUGGAGGACAUUCUUCUUGAGAUGGAUCGAAUUUUGAGGCCAGAAGGAAGUGUAAUCUUGCGAGAUGAUGUGGAUGUGUUGUUGAAGGUGAAGAGUUUCACAGAUGCAAUGCAAUGGGAAUCUAGAAUUGCAGACCAUGAAAAGGGGCCCCACCAGAGAGAAAAGAUUUUGUUUGCAGUUAAGCAGUAUUGGACUGCACCAUCUCCUGAUCAAAAAUAAACACAGAAACCUCUAAACUGAUCUGUUUUUUUAUUGGCUCGAGAAUUUGUGUAAUUUUUUUAUUUCUAAAAAUGUCCGGAAUUUUUUUUCUCCACAAUUCUAUUUUUUUCCAACCCCUGCUUAUGUGGGUGGUGCAAAGUGAAAAUUUCUUUAGCAAUUAUGGCUCCUCAAGGUUCUUAUUUUUUCGGUGACUUAUCUAUCUUGUAACAAUCCUCCAAAUCUAUCAAUCAAAUGAGAUUGAGUCAAA